UGUAAGUAUAGUACUGUAGAGGGCUGCGUUCGCGCGCCCCGGCGAGCGGCGCCGGCGCAGUCCCGCUCGUAUCGUCGCCGCGGCCGCACGCGCGAUGGCCCGCCUCAACGUUCUGUUCGCGUUCGCCGUGCUCGCCGCGUUUGUCGCGCCUGCCGCCGCCGAACCCCCGCAUCCGCGCCUCAUCGACUUCAACCCCUGGGCAUGGCUCCCGGCCAACAGGAACCGAUCCCCUUCCAUCAUGGACUACUUCUUCCCACCCUCCCGAACACCCAAACAAUCCAUGCUAGACCCACCCGCUGACCGUACACCCCCACAAACAACAAUAACUACCGUCGAACCCACCACCAUCGAAGAACGAACGACCCUACGUAAAACCACCAAAACAAAAUCAACACCCGCGAUCCAUUCCACAGCAACUAUUCAACCGAAAACUAAAAAAGUAACCCAUAAAACACCGGAAACUACGGUAGAAUUUAAAACUCAAACCACUAAAAUCGAAUCACCAGUUCCGACCAAAGACGCGACUAUUCCAUCCACUUAUCGGCCGACGAAGCAUUACACGAUACGGCCGGUCGUGCGGACGACGGAAACGCCAACCGUCCAAGAUACAGAGACGACGUUGAACACGGAUAGUACGGAGACGGUUUCCGAGUACGACACUUCGGGAACGACGGCCGAAGGGCCGAAGGAUACUGCGCCGACUUUGAGCACUGGAAGCGAAUCCAGGGCCACGGAUCCUGGGACGAGUACUGCCACCGUGGAGUCCAGCACGCAGCCGGAGACCACCGUCUCGGACUCCGCAGACAGCCGCGAGGGCUACCUCCCCCUCCGCGACAAACCCGUGCAGAACAACGUCAAGAUCAACGAUCAAACCAAAAAAGAGACGGUGCCUCUCCCUGCGGGUUCUACGAACGUGCUGGCCAAACCCACAAAGUACCACUACUAUCCACACAACCAGCAUAUCUAUCUGCUUCCAGAAUGCGCCAUACAACAGGUUUGCAAUGCAGUGUACGUGCGUCUAAACUACACCCAGCCUCUCUGUGCCUGCCCGGCUCGGUACCGGGACCCUUGCUCCGCGAGUCUUAACGCUGACGACCUGCACACCACCAGGCUAACUACAGAUUCUAAGAAGAAGUACGCAAACAAAGCAGUGACCUUAGUGAAGACGUGCGAGGCCGUCUCCGAAAUGCGAGAAUGUCGCGCUCCUCGAGAUUGGUCGCUACUGGCCCUGCAGAACAUUAGGACCGGCAAGUCGCAUUACCUGGUCAUCUGCCGGUGUCCAGAGAAUCAUAUAUUGGAAGGACCAAUGUCCCACGAUCAGCCCACCUACGCAUCGGUACCCGGUAUCAGGGUGUAUGGAAUGAUGUGCGUGCGACACAACCCUGUUUACCAAGGGUUCACCGCUAACCGAUUCGCCGCAGUACAGAGCACCACUAGCGCGUACAAAGUGGACUACUCCCAACCACACGCGUACCCCGACAAGCCAGUCUACAACCGCUACCAGUCACCCAGCUACCUGACUCCAAACUACUAUAACAGGAGGUCCAGGGUCUCGAGAGUCAGAAGAAACGCUGACUACCCCCCCUUUCCAUGGUACAAAGUCAGAGAACUGGCGCGAUCGUUACACUGGAUCGAUUAGUAUAAUUUUAAGUUUAAAAAAGUAUGUUGGGUUCAUUAAGGCUCUUGUAAUCGUUGCCUCCUUGAAUUCAACGAAAACUUUAAAAAACGCUUCCCCGUUAAUGUAGUCACAGAGAACUUUCCCACUCUAAACUUUCGUUUAGUCUGAUGAAAACACUGCCUACUCAAUACUCAACUGAAUUUAUUAGUUUUAAAACUGAGACUCUGUAACCAGUAUACCUUACUUAUUUAUUUCAGUAAUUAUAUUGUAGCAGUACCUACGUAACUUAUUUAUGGCAUGAUAUAGAAUUGUUUGUUUGCCAGAAACAUAGAGAUAACCAUGACUAUAAUAAGAUUAGUAUAAAAUGGUAAAACAGAAGAUAAUUGCCCCACCAUCACACAAG